AUGGUCAUAGACGUUCCACUGGAGCCUGCCCACAACGUUAAGCUCCGCCCCUAAUAUCUGAGACGUAGGCGACGGUCUUUUUAACUUGAUUGUUUGCAAAGAGACGCCCUCUUUUCUUUUUGCAACGGAUCCCAAAGCUCACCCCUCCUCCCACAACACACACACACACACACCUCCUCUGUGAUCUAAGCGACCCCCCCACUCGUGACUGGUGGUUGUUCACAUGGAAGUGUUCGGAGGCUCCACACUUUGUGCGAGGACGCGCGGCUGAGGCGCACGGCCACUCGGGACAGCAGCCGGUGGAGAUGUGUUGCAGCAAGAGCUGAUUCUUCUCCACUUUAUCCCUCCUCUUCUUCUUCUUCUUCAUCAUCCUGUAACCAAACAUGCAGGACUUAAGUCACAGUCUGCUUUUCUGCGCGCUCCUGGGCUCCGUUUACGCAGCAAACGGAGCCUCCUGUCCUCCGGGCUGCGAGUGCUCCGAGGCGGCGCACACGGUGAAGUGUGUGGCCAAAGACCUGCGGAACGUCCCGGUCGGGAUCCCCGGAUAUACUCGGAACCUCUUCAUAACAGGGAACCAGAUCAUGCGAAUCGGUCCAGAGUCCUUUAAAGGCCUGGAUAAUGUGACCAACCUUUCUCUUUGUAACAACAGGAUCUCCGAGGUGGAGUCGCACACCUUCGCUGGUCUCCAAAGUCUGCGCUCUCUGGAUCUGAGCAACAACCAGCUGGCGGUCAUCCACCCAGAAGCCUUCACGGUGGUCAACAAAUCCCUACGCGAGCUCAACCUGAGCCGAGCCCUCUACAACCACUCCUCGGUGAUCGACCUGGCCACGGCGCUGCGUUGGAGCUCGCUGGUCACGUUGCGCGGCCUGGACCUGUCCCACAACAGCCUCAUCUACCUGCCCUCGCGCAUCUUCUCCCACUUGAGUGGCCUGCGGCGCCUGCUGCUCUCCAACAACUCCCUGGUGGCCAUCCACAACGCCACGCUGGCCGGUCUGGAGGAGCUGCAGGAACUGGACUUGACCCUCAACUCGCUCAAGAAUGUGCCCGAGGAGGGCUUGCGGGAGCUGGACUCACUUUCCGAGGCAGAGCUCCUACUCAGGGAGAACCCCUUCACAUGUACAUGCGGGAUAGAACCUUUUGUCCAGUGGCUCAACCGCUCGCAAGGACGCAUUAGAGAUGUUAGUGAGCUGGUGUGCGCCUUCCCUGUCGCCAUGAGGAACACCUCCAUGCUCUCUGUGGGUGUGUCUGGGACUCUGGGGUGCCGCCAAAGGGGAGCAGGGGCAGACCUGGCCCUGCAAACAUCCUACGUCUUCCUGGGGAUCGUGCUGGGCUUCGUGGGCCUCAUUUUCCUCUUUGUGCUCUAUCUGAACCGCAAGGGCAUCAAGAAGCGCAUCUAUGACAUGCGUGACGCCUGCAGGGAGGUGUGGGAAGGUUACCAUUACCGCUUCGAGAUCGAUUCGGACCCCAGGUUGUCCCAAGUGUCCUCCAGCGCCGACAUGUAAGACCUGAACAUUUAAGCAAGGCAGUGGAAAAGUGUAAAAAAUGUACAGAUUUGUCUGUAAAUAUAUACAUACAAUUGCGUUAAUAAUAAUAAUAAUAAUAAUAAUAAUAAUACAGCAUUGUUGCCUUGCUUGGCGAAAGACUGCUCUGCUCCACUUCCUCUGUUACAUAACUAAUAUGCUUAAUGUACGACUUUAUGAGGGGAGUUCGCUGUUUCCUGUCUUCCACACAAGAGCAAGAGCAAGUGCCUCAUGUCAUACAUGGAAUAAUGCCAUCAGCUGUAUCCAUUAGGUACACCUGCAUAAUCUAAUUGCAUCCACUUCAAGAGCUGUAGCAACAAUUAUGCUUUUCUAAACAAUAAACAACAUGGAGUGCACUACUUGGCUACAACCACCAGAGGCACUGUUGAUUCAGAGCAACAUGACAUCGGCAAUGCUGUCUGGUUAAUUUUAUAAAACAAUAAAGUUAUCUAUGUAGGAAAAUGAUAUUAAAUAGUUUUUAAAUAAUUGUAUAACAUUCUCCAAAUGCUCUAAUUACACCCAGGGUAGGCUGCAAGGUGGUCUCCGUUUGCGUGUUCUCCCCGUGCGUGGGUUUUCUCCUGGUACUCCGGUUUCCUCCCACAUUCUCCCACAUUCCAAAAACAUGAAUGUUAGGUUAAUUGGUGACUCUAAAUUGUCCAUAGGUAUGAAUGUGAGUGUGAAUGGUUGUUUGUCUAUAUGUGCCCUGCCAUUGGCUGGCGGCCAGUCCAGGGUGUACCACGCCUGUCGGCUGGGAUAGGCUCCCGCAACCCUAAAGAGGAGAAGCGACAUAGAAAAUGGAUGGAUGGCAUGCAGGUCACAAUGGAAAACAUCUCAUGAUAAUUGGGUAAAAGGUUGUUAUUUCAAAAAGUCAUGAUAUGCAACAACUUUAUUUUUUAAACCUUAAAAAGGGACAUGAGACGGCCACCGCUUUAAGCAUAGCUUGUUACUGCACUAGCUAGCUAGCCUCCAAUGUAUUUAUUGUAACCUUAAGAAAGGGUUUUCAAACAGAGUGGGGAAGAAGGACAACGUAAGAAGCCAAAAACUUACCACUUCCACACGAAAUGAGAGGAGAACUUGUUUCCAGUGUGUCAUGUCGGACAUCCCAUGGGUGACUCCAUGCAGUGUUGAGGUAAUGUAAUGUAAGGUAAUGUCUCAUCAAUGUAACAUUACUGACGCCUAGUGAGCAGAAUACUACAUAUGACUUGUCUGGCAAUAUUUUUUGACUAGAAAUAAGCCAUAGUCAACCACAAAAUAGCGAUAAUUCAUUAAAAAUACAUUUUUUAAAAAAACAAAUAGAGUGAGGGAGCGAUGUUCGAACUGUGAUGUAGCAAGGUACGACUGUAUAUUGCACGACACAGUAGCAACAGAACCAAUGUUGUAAUAGCGGUAAGGAGAAAAUAUCGCAUUAACAGCGCCAAUGGGUCCAUUGUAAACAAUACGGCAAGCGUAAUACGCAAGGGUUUCACACCAACAGCUGAGCACAUGCUUAGAUAGAUAAAGCAGCUGCUGCCACCUUGUGGUGUUACAAAAAAAUACAUCAGGGGGUUGACUACAGCCACAGGUGUUGAUGCCAAUUUUUUAUUUAUUUAUUUUUUAAUCGGAGCUAAUUAGAGACCUUGGCGGUUGCUUUUGUAGACCACACGAUUAAUAAAAUUAAGUGCAGCAUUUACAGUAAUAAAAACGGCAUGUUUAUGCUUUAAAUAUCAUUACAUUGAUAUUUAAAGCAAUGUAAAUCAUUACAUUACAUUAAUAUCAUUAAAUUGCGCAGCUGUACCUAAUUUGGUGCCCGCUGAGUGUAUGCCACCCCUAAUCGGGAUUUAGCUUGUGUAGACUGGCAAGAAAACAUCGUAAUCAGGUCCUAAUUUACAGCAAAGCACUUGGAAUUCCAUCUGAGUGACUGUGAUAGCCUCUCCUCUCCUUCUCGGAUCAGGAAGGAACAUAAUUCGGCACAGGCUAAGCAGGAAUAUCCUAGCAGUGCACGCCCCCCGUCCUCUUCCUUUUUUUUUUCAUGAAAUGUUGCUUUGUUUCAGUGCCUUGAGUUUUAUUGUCAAAAUGAUGAGAAGCAGUCGCAGGUUGAGGCCACUAAAAGCAGCCCCACUUCUUCAAAGAAAUCAGAGCCCACUCAGUCGGCCGCUCCAUGUUUUUCUGUUUAAGAAGACCCCCCCACCCACUUUCUUUCAAUGAUAAGAUACAGAUGAUUCAGGAACACCAGCCACAUUGCUUCAUUCAGCGGGAUGAGGAGGGGCUUUUCUUUGACAGCACUGAACACGCGUCAUGCCAUAUCUUUUCUGGCUCAAUCUCAAAAAGUCAAUCAUUCCUUUUUGGCCUUUUCAUGCUGCAAACAGAUGAGUUUAUUGCCCCAAACUGCUGUGUUUUUAACUAUUUAGGAUGGUGGUGGGGAGGCGGGGGUGUCAGCCACAACAGCCCCCCAUUGUUUAAAGCCAAAGAAGCAUCCUCCUCCUUUCAAGACGCUCGGAGGUAUUUUACUGCAUGUGCAAUAACACAAUAAAACUACACAAAGCGGUGGUGGUCUCUGUGCUUAUUUAGUGUCACGUCGUUAAAAAUGCAUGAUGGUAGACUACUGCUAUGUAUUCCCCCAGGCUAAGGCGCUAUUUCACCGGUUAAUGGAACACAUUUUUAAUGAUGCUUGCAUCUUUGGGAAAUCGUAUCUUUUUCAAAACUGAAGAAACAGACUCCAUUUUUGGCCCAUGUUGACAUCUCCAAUAACUUCACGAUCAAAGUAAAACUGUGGCUCGUGUUGAAACACCAAUGUAAGGUAUUCAAAAGACACAACCCAAACACGUUGAUAAAAUCUAGUAUUCUACACUAGUCACCAGGUGUCGGUCGUGUUACGGAAAUGUUUGGUGAGAGACACACAAGGAUCAGAAUUGAUCCCCGAAACAGCAGGCUUUUAUUGCAGGUUUGAAUGAUCUCACAACAGGGAUGAUAAUCCCUAAAAAAAACACUGGCUACUUUUGCGGCCGUUACCCACUCAAAGCUGAAACUCAACUCUGAACCCAUUGGGGAACACAUUUAUGGUAACACACGCACGCAUGAGUCUUACUUAUGGCUUAUUUACCCUUAUUAUGUCUACUAUAUUAAGUAUUACAAGUGUAAGGGUGAAUAUAAGGGUGUUAUUUCAUGUCUAGAGGGCUCCAAUAAUGUUAAAAAACGUAUUUAGAAGGUUGUAGCAGGUUUUCUACGUGCUAACUACAAAAAGUAUUUGAUUUAUAAAUAAGAACUCCUCCUUUCACUUGUUACUUAUCACUUAUUCACUUAUCACGGUCGGUUUUGGAACCACCUACCGUGAUAAACGAGGGAUUACUGUAAAUCCCAUUCAUCUGUUCCAGACACUCAAAAGUAUGAACAAAAACUAUAUUUCACAGAGUAGAAUUAUGGUUUUACGUGCAGAAAACAAUGCUAAACUAAUUAGAAAUGACGAAUGGAUGGAACUUAUUGUCAAUGCGGACUUCCCAUACUGUACAUCCUGGCGAGAUCAAACUCAAUCGGGUUUCUCUCCUUCUUCAUCAAAUUGCUGGCACUCGCAACUUUCCCCGGCUCCAUGGCGGGUUUUUUAUCAGUCACACUCAAUAAAAAAAUGCACAGACUGUGAGUCAGCAACGCGUAGGGCGCUUUGCUCGAGCACUUAAUUUCACUGAACGACACCAUACAGGGCAAAUGGGCUAGUUGGUUACGUGCAACAUCGUACAAAAACUGCAACAGCGUAUGAAGGCAAAAUCUUUUGCCAAAAACCGGAUGCAUAUGAAAACGGUUGGACUUAAUUCUAUCGCAAACUGUACAUUCAUUGCAGUCUUUAUUCAUCCCAAGUCUUUAAUUAUGUAAGGCUAACAGUGUUUCUUUACAAAGCGGCAUCGCCCCCUGCUGGCCUGGCAUGCAUAUUACAGGGUCUUCAAUUGUUUUCAUGUAAAUGUCUCUUAAGGAUCAUGUUAUUCACUGAAAAAGUUGUACACGUUACAAACAAAGGCUUAUUUUACUACACUCAGCAAAUAUGCAGUAAUAACGUACAUAGUUUUUCCUUAGACAAAAGGACUUUUUGCAUCAUCUUGCAAACUAACAAACAAAAGUCCUUGGGGGAGGUAACCAUCAUGGCCGUGGCCAGCUACGGUGUCCGCAGUGCAGCAGCUCCACAUUAACUCACUGAGGAGAAAACAAUUGAGGCUGGACACAAAGCUUCGGCUCAGAUAGCACGAGAAAAAAGCUUUGUUUUUUUCCAAACACCAAACCCUCCCCUCGAGAAAAGACGCCUUGUGAUACUCUGUCUGCUUUCACAGGCGGCCAUUAUGCCGGCC